AUGGCGCACAAUUCGUAUCCCGGGGCUAUUCUGUGCGAAACGGCGUUAUCUCCUAAUUCUCCGCCCGUUGACGCUGAGAAGGCCUGCACCAAUCUGUGCGCAUUUCAUCGCCUUGAAAGUUCCAAGGAACCGUACUUCGUGAAGGAAGUUCUGCGUGACGUGCAUAAGCAGAUGAAGGAGCGUAAGGCCGGCGAAGUCAUCACGAUUAAGACGCUGGAUGGCUUGCUUGUGGACUUUAAGGUCCGGACGGGUGAAAUUCUGGAUAUUAGUGAGGGUGUGGCUUGGAUUGCAGGAAAAACGUAUAUCGAGUACGUCCCCAUUCACACUCUCGCAAGCAAUGAAGCCCACGGCCCCUAUCUCGGAUACUGCAACCUGCUUAUCAUACAUCGUCUUCGUUUCCGUGCCGUUCGAUCCGGAGAAUAUCUCCACGAGCCCGUCCUUCCUCCCUUUGAGGCUUGUCUCGCGGAAUUCUUCUCUUUCCGGCAGGUCUGGGAGGCGAGCGAUACUCACAAACAAAUCCGGGCUACGCUAGAAGCUCUCCCGGCUAUUGCCACGCCCAUUACCAAGAUCAUCGGCUUCGCUUGCAACAGCUUGGCUAAUCCCCAGGGAUGUAUGCGUGAGAAGCAGAGAGUUGCGUUCCAGCAUGCCCUUCUCUUGACGCUCAAGGAUCACCUGGAUACGAAGACCGGGAACCCCGAUAUUAAGAUCUUGGUGCAGGACCCGGCGUAUACGGAGGCGGAUAUUGCAAUGCUCACGCAUCUCGGUAUGACUGUUGUUGAGGACCCGGUGGGGUUCGUUGAGGUCGAUGAGCAGUCGUUUGUCUUUGCGUGUAGUCCAACUGUCCCCGCUAGACAGAUCGUUAUGGAUAUGGCUAUGCCGGCGGGGAUGGUUUGGAAUAAGGUGUUGGCUGAGGCGGUUAUCUUUGAUGUCUCCGAUCCCUGGAACCUCUCUGUUCACCGCUGCAUCAACCGCUACUACGACACCCACGCACUCCCAGAGGAUCGCAAGCACUUCGCGCUCAUGGCACUUUAUGUGCGCCGCGUUGAGGGCGAGGUGUCCGCCGAGGUGUACGCAAUAAGGGACCUGGAAGUUCUCAUCACCGUUCGAAACUACGGGCAGUAUGCGGACCAGAUGCGAUUGAAGGCAGAGACCAUGUAUGAGUUGCUCUGUAAGGUGGACCGGUUUGAAUAG